AUGCAGGCUACUCUUACUCCGGGCCAGCAGCAGCAUAUGCUUACAAGUCCUGGGACCUCUCUCAAGCGUAAAUACCCUCUAAUUAUCCAAGAGAUGUUUGCUGAUACCUCUAGUAAACGAAUCCUCAUCCUCGGCCCCUCCCACCACGUUUAUCUUGCUAGCUGUGCUCUUCCCCCAGCUACCACUACUACGUAUGCGACUCCUCUCGGUCCGCUCACACUAGACUCAGCUACUAUUUCAUCUCUGCGAGCAACGGGCAAGUUCCAGACCAUGACGAUGGCAGUCGAUGAGGCAGAGCACUCCCUCGAAAUGCACCUGCCGUAUGUUUACAAGAUGCUUGAGCUUGCGGGGAAGACAGGAACACCGAUUAUACCCAUUAUGGUAGGAUCUGUGGGCGCAGCAGUCGAGAAAGAGUUCGGGGAGUUACUUGCAAAUUUGAUUGGUGCGGAGGACGUAGCUGUAGUUAUCAGUACAGACUUCUGCCACUGGGGAACUCGCUUCGACUUUACCCACUACUACCCUGAUCUUCCCGAAGUUCCUGGUCCCAUACCGUGCUCCCAUCCUUUGCCUGACCCUUCUUCUGUGAAACCUUCCACAUACCCCCCGCAUCAGAAACUAUCUUCUCGGGUCACACCACCAGCUGAUGGGCCGCCAAUUUAUGAGAGUAUCACAGCACUCGAUAAGCAAGGCAUGUCUGCUGUGUCCACAGGCAGUCAUGAUGUCUUUGUGGAGUACCUACGGAAGACAAAGAACACCAUCUGCGGGCGCCAUCCAAUCGGAGUCGUCAUGGCAGGAAUUGAGAGUAUACUUGAAGAAACAGACGCGGACGAAACCCAAGGAAGGUUCCGGUGGGUGAGGUACGAGCACAGCAGCGAAGUGGAAGACGUCAGAGACAGCAGCGUCAGUUACGCUAGUGCUUUCUGCAUACUUUGA